UUGGAAGGUAGUAAGGUGAUAGGGAAUAGCCAGCAUAGAUUUGUAAAGAACAAAUCAUGUCAGACCAAUCUGAUAGCUUUCUUUGAUAGGAUAAUGAGUCUUUUGAACACUUAUGAAGUAAUGAUGAACUUGAAUCGAACAGUGGUGACUGAGUUUCUUCUCCUGGGAUUUUCUACCUCUCCAGAGAGGCAGGUUUUACUCUUUGUGGUACUGUUAGCCAUUUAUCUGGUCACUGUGGUGGGAAACCUCCUCAUUAUCCUUGUAACUUUGGUGGAUCCCACCCUUCACACCUCCAUGUACUUUUUCCUCUCUAAUUUGUCUGCCUUAGAGGUCGGUUACACGUCGGUCACUGUCCCCAAAAUGCUGGUGAGCCUCAUCUCAGGGGACAAACGCAUCUCCUUUGCUGGCUGUGCCAUGCAAAUGUGCUUCUUCCUUUGCUUUGGGAGCACGGAGUCUUCCUUUCUGGCCACGAUGGCGUAUGAUCGCUACGUGGCAAUAUGCAACCCCCUGUGUUAUCCCAUGAUUAUGAACAAGAAGGUGUGUGUCCUGCUGGCAGCCACUUCCUGGACAAUUGGCAUCCCGGCUCAGGUAGUGCAGACCGGUUUGGUGUUCACCUUACCCUUCUGUAGCUCCAAAGAGAUCAACCAUUUCUUCUGUGACCCGGCCCCUCUGCUGUUGCUGGCCUGUGCUGACACCUCCAUGAAUGAAACAUUGACUUACAUCAUGGUCACUUUCUUUGGAAUGGUGCCUUUUGCCCUGAUCCUGUUGUCCUAUAUCCGGAUUAUCGCCACCAUCCUUAUGAUGCCAUCAGCUGAGGGCAAGAGGAAAACCUUCUCCACCUGCUCCUCCCACCUCAUCGUUGUGGCUUUAUUCUAUGGUUCUGGCAUCCUCCUUUAUUUACGACCCAGGUCCAGUGGAUUUCCAGAUGGUGGUAAACUUCUCUCCCUGUUUUACACUGUUUUGCCUGCCAUGUUGAACCCUUUUAUCUACAGCCUGAGGAACAGCGAUAUCCAAACCGCCCUGAAGAGAAAUAUGUGGCACAAAAUGGUUCCUUGCUAG